UGCAGGAGAAUGAACUGAGCAAGUGAAUGUGUAAAUGGCCAAAGAGUGGCUGUGAGUGAAGAUAGCAGAGAUAUUCUCUGUGAGUGCUGCCAAACCCUCAGUCAGAGCUCUUUAGCUUUAACACCCUUCGGGCUGACGCUUGUCAUCUCUUGGCUUGCUGGAAUCCCUCUUAGGUGAGCAUGCUGAAGCGCAGGCAGGACUCGCUGACUGAGCAAAAAAGGACUCUGUAAGAAGCCUGAAUUGCUACUUUAAACGUGUUUAAAACCUUUAACUCUUUUCGUCCCACUUGAAUCUUAUUUUACCUCCCUUAUGUUAUUUUACCACUGCAUUUACCAUUGUAACUGCUCUGUUUUUUAAAUGAUUCCCCUUUGGAGUUAAGUGAAUCAAGUUUGUGAUUGCACCAGGGCAAAAUUUGCUUGUGCUUUGUGUCAGCACCAAGAGCCAAAGCAAAACUGCAGCCCCAAACAUCCCCACCAGGAACAGUCGGACAUGGGACAGAAUUCCUUGAGAGGCAGCUCCGCUGGCUGCGCAACAGCCUGGCUGCCCAGUGCUUGCUUUUAUCACAUGCUGGGACAAGGAUCACGUGAAGAGGCGGGGAGUCAGCCCUGCAGAGCCUGGUGGUAUUGUGGUCUGCUGGUGGGAUCCUGGGAGCCUCUGCCCCUGAUGGCAUUUGUAAGCCAGCAUCAGAUCCAAAAGUUCCAUGAGGAUGGCUUCCUUGUCCUAGAGCGUUUUUUCACCGCAGAGGAGUGUGACAGCAUGAGGAGCCAGAUUCAGAGAAUCAUAGCAGAGAUGGAAGUGCCACCGCACUGCCGCACUGAGUUCUCCACCAAGGAAAAGGAGCAGCUCCAGGCACAGGGUAGCUCGGAUUAUUUCCUAACCAGUGGAGACAAGAUUAGAUUCUUCUUUGAGAAAGGUGUUUUGGAUGAGAGAGGUAACUUUCUGAUUCCAAAGGAGAAAUCUGUCAGCAAGAUUGGCCAUGCUUUACAUGCUUAUGAUCCCGUCUUCAAGCAAGUCACCCACUCCUCCAAGGUGCAGGAAUUGGGAAGAAAAUUAGGCCUUGAGAGACCAGUAGUUGUGCAAAGCAUGUAUAUCUUCAAGCAACCUGGCAUUGGUGGUGAAGUGACACCACACCAGGAUGCCACCUUCCUGUACACAGAGCCCCUGGGCAGGAUCCUGGGGUUCUGGAUCGCCCUGGAGGAUGCCACGCAGGAGAAUGGAUGCCUGUGGUUCAUUCCUGGCUCUCACACCAGAGGAAUUACCCGGAGAAUGGUCCGUGCAGCUUCAGGUAGCUCAACAUGUGUAGAGUUUGUAGGAUCAGAUCCGGCCUAUGAUGACAACCAGUUCAUACCUCUGCCUAUAAGUAAAGGAGGACUCAUUCUCAUCCAUGGCGAAGUUGUCCAUAAGAGUGAACUCAACAGCUCAGAGUCUUCUCGCCACGCAUUCACCUUCCACGUGAUGGAAGCCAAAGACACCAGCUGGAGCAAAGAGAACUGGCUCCAGCCGACUCCCGAGCUGCCUUUUCCAUCGCUCUACACUUGAAGCUAGUGAUUGGCUUUUGGAGACAAUAGCUGGUCAAUAUUCCUUUCUGAUCAUUCAUUCCCUUUAGAUACAUCUUUCACUAGGUCAGCUCUUGAGAUUAAUUUAUCCUCUUCUCAGAACAAGGACCCGUGACAUAGCCAAAUACCCCUGCAUUAGACAAGUUUCUACUGCAGUAUGAGCCCUAUUAUUGUAAGAAUAGCCACCCAGUCCUUUUGGUAAGGAAACCUCUUCAGUGUUGAGAAUAGACCAUUAAAGACCACUGCACCUUGACUGGGACCAGUUAAGAAGUAUUUCUUCUUGCAGACACUGUAUUCCUUUCUGCUGAGGUCAAGAGCUUGUCUAGUGCAAUCCUUUGCUGUGUCAAUCCCAGCAAUGCAGGUGAAUUUGUCACGUAAAGACAGCUGACUUAGGUCUUUGUCCUAUUACUUGAAUAACAGUGAUUAAAAAUAAUCUUAUUGUGGGCAAAAUGAAAUAGGAAGUCUGCUUCUAUAAUCAGUCUUUUAAAUAUUUCUAGUAAACUGUAGCUGAGUGUUUGA